AUGAACGAAGGCGAUUAUCAAACCGUACCGGUCGACAACACGUAUCGAGAGGUCGUCGUCUAUGCCAAUAGGGAGUUCCAGCGGUACGCCUUGGAGAACGGGAUAUACUUCGCUCCGGUUGACGACGAAGAGAUCGAUCGACUCCAAUACAUGCAUGGAAUCUUCAACAUGAUGUUCGACAACAGGCUCAUAUUCCCGCCGAUUCCGCGACCGAGAAGAAUCCUGGACUGUGGGUCGGGUUCCGGCGCGUGGGCCAUGGAGGUUGCUGAGCAGUAUCUUGAAUGCGAGGUCAUCGGAAUCGACAUAUACCCUUAUCCGGUACCAGAAGACAUUCCGCCCAACCUGGAAUUCCAGGUCGACGACCUCAACAGUCCGUCGACGUUCCCGUCCAACUAUUUCGAUCUGGUGCAUAGCCGGAUGAUGGCGGGAGGAAUUCAUGCGAACAGAUGGAUGAAUUAUCUGAGCGACAUCCUGCGGGUGCUCCGUCCUGGCGGAUGGUGUCAGAUGGUGGAGAUAUACUUCAACGCGCAAUCAGACAAUGGGACGCUUACCUCCAAUCAUGCUCUCCAAGUAUGGUCACAGAGUUAUAUGCAGAGCAUCCAGCCCCUGAAAGAUCCUCGAGCACCUUUGCGGCUGCAAAACUGGAUGACGCAAGCCGGUUUUGUCGAAGUUGAAUCACGGGUGUUGACUCUGCCCCUGAGUGGGUGGCCGACGGUGCCUAACCUCUCCUCAGAUCUUCGCGAGAAUGCCAUCGGUGCAGCAAACCAGGCCAACGUUCAUCAUCUCAUGUCCUCCCUUUCCGUCUACCCGUUUGCGCACACCCUGAACAUGACGGACACCGACAUCCAGUUGCUCAUUGCUCAGGCCCGCAGUGAAGCUAAUGACCCAGCCUUCAAGGACUACGUCUGUAUCGGUCGGAAACCAGGAAGCGGCAGGCAUCACCGGCAUUAUGACUCCCGAAGCCAUCAGCACUCGACGGCUGGGAAGCACAGCGACUCGCGAAAACGGGCGCGGCACGGGUAG